CGUGUCAAGCGAUAACCGGUAGUGGUGACUCGUCGAUGUAUGUAUGAAUGUGUGCGUAGCCGAGAGGUAAACAGAGAGAAGGAAAAUACUGCACAAUGCCGUUUAUGAUAGGCAAGGAGCCCGUGCGGCGAACGGUGAAAUAUUUGAUGUCCGGCAAAUUGGUUCUGAAGGACAAGAUACAAAUACUGUCCAUCAAUUACAACACGCACGGCGAUCAUCAUAAAGGCGCAAGGAAUUUCAUAUUUUGGCACUUGCCGCAGCUGCAGUACAAGAAUCCGAACGUGCAGAUAAUUACGUUCAAGAACAUCACACCGUCGCCGUUCAUGAAGUGCUACUAUGAUGACGGAAAGACGAUGUUGAUAGACAUAGAGGGUAAGUCCAAGGACGAGAUACUCGAACAUCUCAGAACAGUGAUCGGCAAGCCUGUGGAAGUCCUGCACCAGGAGGCUAUCGCUAUGGAGAAGAAGGACAAUCCAGCGAACUUUGGAGUGCACUGUGAGAAGAGCUGCAUCUGCCACGUACCUGGACAAGUGCCGUGCCCUGGCAUAGUGCCUCUGCCAGAUCACAUGCGUGGGAAGAUCAUUGUCGAUAAAUUAACCAAUAAUUAGAUAAGCUCUGUCCGUUAAAAAGUUUCUUGUAUUAUAAUUGUACAUACACUUA